GGCCGGAAGACUGAAGUCUUGGGGCUGUAAUCGGGCGCCUGCCCCUCCGGUCGCCCUCCCUUCCCGCAGAGCUCCGAUCGCUUUCUCUUCUGAAGCCAGAGCCUUCGUGCAUCACCCAGAGCAAGAGAUCAGAUUUGAAAUGAAGGACACUACUGAGAAGAUAACCCUUUCUGUGGUAGAAUCUGAGAAGCCAAAUCUAUAAGUCACUGUGACUUCCCUUGGAGCAAAAUCUGUGCUACACAUGACAAAAUCCACACUGGCAAGAUACCUUAUGAAUGUAACCAGUGUGGAAAGGGUUUUAGAAAACGUGGAACUCUUACUGUACACCAGAGAAUCCACACUGGAGAGAAACCUUAUGAAUGUAACCAGUGUGGAAAGAAUUUUAUACAGAGAGAAUCUCUUACUGUAUAUCAAAGAAUCUACAUGGCAGAGAAGCCUUAUGAAUGUGACCAAUGUAGAAAGGCUUUUACAGAAAAGGGAAUUCUUAUUAGACAUCAGAGAAUCCACAAUGGAGAGAAACCUUAUGUAAGUAAUGAAAAUGGAAACGGUUUUGGAGAAAUCAGGAUUGUGUUUGUCCCAUGGUCGGGCGCUAAAAUGUAAUAUUCUCUUCUCUAAUAUAUAGUGUUCUCUGGGGACAGGUUUCUUGGGGAGCUUCUGGAGGCAGGUUUCCUUUUUAGUUCUGAGCAAUAAUCACCUCAAAUGCAGCCAGCUGUUAAAGUCCAAAUCCUUUAUUAUCAUUGGCUUCUGAAUCUCCUUCCUAGAGCCUGGUUAGCUUUCUUAGAGGCCUAUCUCUCUCCUUGGUUCUGCAAGCUCUUGCUGCCUCUCCCAGCUUCAGCCUCUCUUCCUAAUGUCUCCAGCUAGCACAGAGGUGGAAGUUGGAAUGAAUCUGUCUUGCUUCCUCUAGUGGGCUUGUCCUUCUGACUUGUGAAUCUCCUGGGCUUGUGAAUGUCCCGACUGAAUCCUGGCUCUGACUCUCCCGGAGCUUUCAGUGGGCUUGUCCUUUUAUAUGUUCUUUUAGAGGUGUGAACUCAAAGAUGUGAACUCUUACAGAACUCUUAACAAGUACUAAGCACAUUAGUGAACCAGAUAAUUGCUAAGUACCUUGCUAAAAUUAGCCAACUGACUUAGCAUCUUGUAAGAGUCUUAACAGCUGUCCUUUCCGUUUUUGAGUAUAUCUAUUCCCUCACUAUUCUCUUUCUUUUUUCUUUUGGGAGAUUUGCCAUGAUAGAUUCUGAGAUUUCUUAUCCUUGGCCUGACCUUGUGUAAAUGUUCAUACUUAGAAGAUGACAUAAAUAAGUCUUUUACCACUAGUUUCUUCAGAGAGUAGUUCAUCCCUGCUGCUUUCAUCUCAAUCUAUAUUUUUUCAUUCCCCCUUUCCCUUUAAAUUCUUUUAUAGAUUCCCCUUCUUCUCUUGACCUUUAUCUACUCCUGUCAAUUGGAUUUUACAUUUCCUCCAUUUUUGUUCCACAUCAGACCAUGAAUCAGAUGGUUCAAGAAGAAAUCCAAAAUGAUGUGCUUGUAACAGAUUGGAAAUGGAGAUGACCCCUUCCAAAUUUCAGAGUAUUCUCCAUUCUGGCCACCUUCUCCUAUAUAGGGUCCAUCUGCUGGCUUCUUAACUUAUUUUCAUGAUUCUUGUUCAACCAAGAUUAAAGAUUUCUAGGCAUCUUUACAAAAUAUUUAUUUCUUAUAAAGAAAUUGGCAAUAUCGUUCCCAUGAAUGUUUUUAAUUAAUGAAGGAAGCUUCUUUUCCACUUAAUCUUGUUUCUUUGUUAUGAAAUAUUAAAAUUAAGCAGUAUAUUCUGGUAACCUGUGAAAACAAUGACCAAUAAUGUCAGGAGCUAUUUUACCCAUGACAACAUCCUACCCAGAAUGACCUCAGGGAAGCAAUAAAACUUUUUUCCCAGAGCAUGCUCUACUUGCCAGCUUCUCACAAAGUAUUUACAUAAUUUUCUUUAGAACAUAUCACUUAAGUCACUUUUGCUAAGGAAGAAAUUUCCAAUCACUCUCUCGCUCUCCACAGAUCCAUUUACCUCAUGGGUAAAACACAAACUCUUCCUGAUUCCACAAGGAAAUGCAUUCAAUAAUAAGACCUUUCUCAGCUUUAUUCCAACUGGUUCUAUAAAAUGCUUUUCUAAAAACCCAAUAAGACUCUUAAUGACCAUGGUUGUAGGAACUGGCCCUAACAUUCAGAAAUGGCAUCAACUUUGAGUAAAUCCUUUCUCUACUUGAGUUUCCUCCUGUAAUUUGGAGCAGUUUGGUUGGAUUCUUGAAUUUUGAAGUGACUUUCAGCUCUACAUCUCAUGACUUUGGUGCUUUAGGACUUGAUGACAUUCAGGGAUGUUGCUGUGGACUUUACUCAGGAGGAGUGGGGACUCUUGGACCCUUCUCAGAGGGAGUUGUACAAGGAGGUCAUGUGGGAGAAUGCCUGGAACCUGCUCUCCCUAGGUAAGGACAUUUCCCAGGGUAACUCUGAAUCUGCAAUCAAAGGGCAUAGCUUCAUUUCCAGGGGUCCAGAAUUUGGGGAUGUAUCAGUCAGGAAGGAGAAAGUGCUUGUCUGUUGUGUUCCAAGCAACAGAGUCCUCCUGUGUGUCUUUUCCUUGUAGAAUAGAAAAUUGAGGGUGUCCUUGGUUGCUCCUGAAGUUGACUCUUACCACUUCUAGGUAGCUUCAAAUGAAAGUUCAAAUCAGCGUGGAAGCAUCUCACACAAGGAUCUAAUCUGAGCUUAUUUUGAUUGACCUCUACCUAGACACAUACUGGUCUACCAAAGUUCAGAAAAUUGCUACCACAGUUAUUGCUGAUAAUUAGUCCCUCUUUGGCAUGGCCAGGAUUUGGAAUAUUCUUUUUAAUGAACAUCAAAUUGAAGCCUAAAGCCCAUAGUUGUUUCUAGUAUAGGAAACUUGUCCUGAAUUUUCCUUCCUAUUGCCAUCAAAUUCAGCCAGCACUGAUGGGAAAAGAAAGGAAGGGAAUGAGCAUUUCUUUUCAGCUACAGUUUCUCAUGUGUUAUGCCUUAUGCUUUCUUUAUAAUACAUUAACAACAACAUUGUUUAAGAAAAAACUUCCACAAAAGGUUUUGCAAUUGUCAAUGCUACAAAAUUACUCAUGCAUAUAUCUUGUAAAUAAAAAGCUAUAAUAACAAAAAUAAAGAAAGGAAAAAAAAGAAAAAACUUCCAGCAAAUAAGUUAUUUUGAUUAUUCUAAGUAACCAAAUUAAUGAAAAAGCACAAAUGAAGAAAGAUGUGAUUUGUAUCAAAAUAAAGAACUAAUAGAAACAUGUAUGGCAUAAUUUUACUUUAGACCCAAUAACCCUUUUUAUCCAAGAAUGGAGUUAGAAUCUUAUGUCAGAAUGGAAUCUAAUAGGAUAACAGGAGGGCAAGGGGAAAAGUGCAUUUGACUCUUUAUCUAAAAAACGUUGUACAGGAGGAUAAUGGGACAAGAAAUUUAUUUCUUGCAUUACAACCAAUAGUGGGUGACCAUACACUCAUGUUUCCAUAUAAUGGGGUGAAUCUGAAUGGAGCAGCUCUGAAUCCUCUCCCCAUUCCCCAGAGAGAACUAAAUUUCAAGCUUCUCUCCUUCAUCCUUCCCUGAUUUCCAUGACCAGGGCUUUGUGUUCCCAGAGAAGAUGUGAUCUCGUAUUUUAAGCAGAGGGAAGCCCCCUGGGUGCUGGACCAAGAAGGCCUGAGGAGCUGUUCUCCAGGUGAGUGAGGUGAACGCAGGGAUAUGCGAGUUACAAGUGACUUCUAGGAAUUACCCUGAAUCCUGGGUUUGGGGGAGAAAGACCAUCCUUGUAAUUCUUUUUCAGAUAUGUUUUAGGCAGAUCUCUUUUUCAGAUUCUCCUGCGCCAGUCCCUGCAUCUCAGUUUCCCAUUUAUAAAAUGACUGGGAUCCAGUGAUCAUCUGGGAUCCUACACGAAGUCAUUGUUUGCACUUUGGGGCAAGGCAGUUCCCUAAAAAUUGCCAAAAUGUGAAUCAGAUUGUCCCAUAUGAGCCAUUUUCUUAGAACUUCUCCAAGUCAGCAAACAUUUAAGUGCCUGCUAUAAGGCAGGCCCUGGGUUAUGCUCCAGGAACAUAAAAAGAUGCAAGGGACUUCCCCUGCUCUCCUGGAGUUUACACAUCACUGGGGCCACAGUACACCAGUAGAAACCCACUGUGGGCCAGAUAAAUUGGAGAAAUUUAGUGCCACCAUAAAUCAUUAAGUAAUUAAGGUAAUAAUUAAGGAAAGUAAAAUUGGGGAGAUAAUGGUCAAAAUGUAAUACCAUACCUAGCAUAUAUAUAGCACCUUCUGUGACACGCAGUAUAUCAGUAUUGUCUCAUUUUAUCCUCAUGAGAACCCUAGGACUUGAGUGCUAUUAUUGUGCCCUUUUUACACAUAAAGAAACUGAGGCAGACAGAGAUCUUGUAAGUUGACUAGAAAGUUGCUGAGGUGGGAUCAACACUCAGGUUUUGCUGAUUCAAGGCCCUGUUCACACUUUUCCCCUUGUACCCUCAGCUCUAUUCUGAUUCUGAAACAGAUGUGAUGAAAACAGUCACAUGUGUAUGAAGUGGACAGUGAAGGAGAGGUGAACAAGGUCCCCUUGAGAGGUGGAAUCUCUUUUAUUUAAAUGCUAACCAGUGGAAAUUACUUGCUAUUUACUCUUAAGAUGAGCUAUAUUUCCAUUGGCUCAUGACAAGUAGUGCUUUAAAUAGCAAAUGUACUCAAAGGUCAAUUUCAAACAAUACAUUUUGUUGUUUUCUUGGUUUUUAAUAAUGUUUAAUUCACAAAAACAUCUUUUAAAAGGAUAGAAUAUCUUCAGAUUUUUUUUUUUCUAACCACUGGUAAAGUCGCUUGUCUCACUGACACUGUACUGAACAUUUAACCCACAUUGGCAACCAAAUCCACAUGGAGCAAAAGAAACAUAAACAGAGGAUAAGUUCAAAUUAAAAGUCCCCCUCAGCAUGUUAAUGAGUGGCUCUUUAGGGGCUCUUUUUGUGGAAGGGUUGUGGUCUUCCAUGAUGAUUUCAGGAUGGCUUUGACUGGGCAUUCCUAGUGACCUGGGUUUUCAAGUAGGCUGCCAGCACUGGGGCAAGAGUGCAGAACCAGGGACUAUCAUGAUCAGGUUUGAGGAGAUGUGAUCACUUAGGAACCCAGCAAUGAGGGAACUGCUCUGGGGCAGGGAGAGAAACACUGAGGGCCUUUGCAGGCCCGUGGCCCUGUUCAUGAAUGUCCAACCUUCCUGAAAUUCUCAAAACAGUUUGGUGUCAGAUUGAGAAUCUGGAAGAAUCUCUUCCCCUUAGAAGUUGUUAAGAGUUUGAUGGAAGCUCCCUGUGAACCACAGAAGCUGCGUAUUUCUGAUCAUGACCACUUGUCGUCACUGAGAAAGAUAGUUGUUAAGGUGGAUAUAUGCACAAACUUGUCUCAGAGAACAAUUUACCACUUAAUACAGCACUGGCACAUUUUUGGAUCAAAUCCCUUAGAUCAUUAUCUCAAUCCUUCAAGGGAUUUUGAACUUCUAAAUGGGAAGGGUGCAAUAGCAUGCUCUGUCCUUCCAUGACACAGAAUGAUUAACACUGUUUUCUGGAUGAGACCCAUAUUCUCAUGUGUGCAUGAUUUCAUACAAUUUUUAAAAAUUGGGUUUUUAAAAAGAAUAUGCAGGGACAUGUGAUAAUAAAUUUUUAAAAAGGAAUAAGCAAUGAUUAUUUGAAAGAAGAAAAAUAUCAGAACAAAAACAUGUACACCUCUGAUUAAAAAAAAAAAAAAACACUAUAACCUCAACAGGGUUAGUAUUCAAAUACUGUAUCAGAAAAAAAAAUUGAAAGUGAUAACUUGAAAGUGCAAAUAAUGAAUGGGAAAUAGAAAAAUCAAGAGUGAAGACAAAUUAUCAAAUACUAUAGGCAGAGCCUAUACUACUUGCCAUCCGGAGGAAGAGGUGGGGGAAGGAAGGGAGAAAAAAAAAUUGGAACACAAGGUAUUGCAAGGGUGAAUGUUAAAAAUGAUCAGUGCAUAUAUUUUGAAAAUAAAAAGAUUGAAUUAAAAAAACAUUUUUCUCUUUUCUGGAGAAAUAGAAAAAACAGAUUCUGUUCUGGUGAUAGAGGAAAGGGGGUAUUAAUAUAUAUGUGGGUAUGGUAUCUAUUUUAUUGUUUGUUGUUGGUUGUUUUGUCAGAGCAAGAGAUGAAACUUGAAAUGAAGGACACUACUGAGGAGAUAAACCUUUCUCUGGUAGAACCUCACAAGCCAGGAAACAUAAGUCACUGUGACUUUACUUGGAGAGAAAUCUAUGCUACACAUGAGAAAAUUCACAUUGGCAAGAAACCUUAUGAAUGUAACCAAUGUGGAAAGGGUUUUAGAAGAAAAGGAACCCUUACAAUACAUCAGAGAAUCCACACUGGGAAGAAACCUUAUCAAUGUAGCCAGGGUGGAAAGACUUGUAGAUACAAGAAAUCACUUACUCUCCAUCAGAGAAUCCACACUGGGGAGAAACCUUAUGAAUGUAACCAAUGUGGAAAGGUUUUUACACGUAAGGACAACCUUAGCGUACAUCAGAGCACCCACACUGGAGAGAAACCUUAUGAAUGUAACCAGUGUGGAAAGACUUUUAGAUGUAAGCGAAAUCUUACAGUACAUCAGAGAAUCCACACUGGAGAGAAACCUUAUGAAUGUAGCCAAUGUGGAAAGACUUUUAGAUACAAGGGAGGCCUUACUGAACAUCAGAGAAUCCACUCUGAAGAGAAACCUUAUGAAUGUAACCAGUGUGGAAAGGCUUUUAAACGUAAACAUCACCUUAGUGUACAUCAAAGCACCCACACUGGAGAAAAACUUUAUGAAUGUAACCACUGUGGAAAGACUUUUAGAUACAAGGGAGUUCUUACUGCACAUCAAAGAAUCCACUGUGGAGAAAAACUUUAUGAAUGUAACCAAUGUGGAAAGACUUUCAGAGAAAAGGGAUCUCUUAAUGUACAUCAGAGAAUCCACUCUGGAGAGAAAUCUUAUGAAUGUAAUCAGUGUGGAAAGACUUUUAGAUGUAAUGGAAAUCUUAUUAGACAUCAGAAAAUCCACACUGGGGCGAAGCCUUAUGAAUGUAACCAGUGUGGAAAGGAUUUUAAAUGUAAGGACCACCUUAGUGUACAUCAGAACACACACACUGGAGAGAAACCUUAAUGAAUGUAACCAAUGUGGAAAGACUUUGGACAAAAGGGAAGUCUUAUUGGACAUCAGAUCAGCCACACUGGAGAGGAAUAUUACAAAAGUAAUGAAUAUGGAAAGGGUUUGCUAGAAAAUUCUGAUAGGUUUUUUCCAGAUUUGUGAGGAAAUGUAAAGGCAUUAAAAUAAGCAGGAAAAAGAAUUUGGUAGAUAACAUUGGGAGAGAUUAGUCUACAGAAGUCAGUCAGUUCUCUUGUAUGAGGUCUUUCUCCUCAUGACUUGUAGGACUUUGUGCUUCUGAAUUAGAGUCUGGAGCCAUGGCUUUUUUAUUUGUUUUGGUUUUUAGUAGUUGAUCUGUGAAUUCUUUUCUUUGUAAUUUCAGUUUUUCUCUGUUUAGAAGUUCUGCAGUUCUCGAAUUGUUUUCUUCAUCCUUCAUCCAUUUACCCCCUUCAUGUCUUUCUGGGAGAUCAUUGAUCCUUAGGAUAUUUGUGUGUUUACGCUCUUAGAAUUCAAUGCACUUUAUUUUAGCAAGGGGUUAAAUUUUGUUGUAUGUUCAUGUUUUUUACUUCACUUCUUCUAGGUUAUCCUUCCCUUUUUGAGUCUUUGCAUU